AUGCUGGCCGCGGACAAGCUGGAACUGACCAGUUUAAUCAAGAAAAGUGCAACUGAUUUGAAGGGCAAGGAGCUGGAGCUUAACAAGAGCAACUUCGAAGCUGUCGGGACGCAAGCUGCCGUAUUGGCCGGCUUUGCGAUCUGCAUGAUCGUCAAGAUUGACUUCCCAGAUGAUGUCAAUCCUAUGAGCAGUUCGCUGUACUACUUCUUUGCCCUCGUCAACCUCGUGGGCAACAUAGCCUGCGUCGCCUCGGUGGCCUGCGUCAACAUCGUGGGGACCAGUCUGGGCCUGCGCGGGCCAGAUGGCUCCAUGCUGCAGGCAGCCGACGGCAUGCACAAGCAGAGAGAUCGAAUCUUUUGGGCUUUCAGCACUGGGUUGGUGGGCUGUUGCCUGGCAACUAUGGUGUUGGCCUGGCUUAAGAUGCAGACUGCAACAGCCACUUUGUGCACCACAGUGGUGUUGUACGGCGUGGCUUCAGGCGUGAAAGUUUCGCUACGCGUUCGGAAACUCUUCCAGUACAAGGAGACCGAGAGUGUCAAGGUGGAUGACGUGUUGAGCUCCGAAACUGUGGGCCCGGAAUCCUUUGUCCGACAACUGGGCGUGGACAGCGAAACUCUAGUCCAGCUUCUUGCAAACAUGCGUCAACAGCGGCAAGACGGGGACAUGGCUCCACCGUGA